AUGUUCAGAUACCUUCCACGUAACAUGAACGGAAUUCUUGCAGUGGAAAAGCCCAGUGGCGUGCUGUCAUCCAAGGUCGUGCUUCAGCUUCAAUCGAUUUUCGACACGUCCGAUGUUUUCGCCCACGACUUGGCUGAGGCAAAGCUGAAGGUCCAUGAUCAAUUGACCAAAGGUACCAGAUGGCUGGCCAGCAAAAUCGCCAACCGAGUCAAAAAGACAAAAAUCAAGGUUGGCCAUGGCGGAACCUUGGAUCCCUUGGCUUCAGGAGUUCUCAUCAUUGGAGUGGGAACGGGCACCAAGAAGUUGAGCUACUACUUGGGUGAGUGCACGAAGACCUACGAGACCAGAGCCGUUUUGGGCCAGUCCACCACUACAGGCGACUCUGAGGGCGAGGUAUUGACACGUACAGAGACUGGACAUGUUACGCUUGAAAGCUUGAAGAGUUCAGCGUUGAAAUUUGUUGGAAAAUCAAAGCAGACUCCUCCUAUCUAUUCAGCACUUAAGGUUGAUGGAAAGCCAUUAUAUGAGUACGCUAGAGAAGGUAUUCCGUUGCCUAAAGCUAUCAAGGCUCGUGACAUCCAGGUUGACCUGUUUGAAGUGCACGACGACUUUGGUCCAAGUGACAAAUUCGAUGCAAUCAAGAUUGAACCUGAUGCUGAUGGAAAUACCGUCUACUCAAUGCUUGCCAAUAACCCCACGCUCAAUGACCUGGAUCUCUUCUUCUCGGAUGAGUACAUGGCAAAUGACGAACAUUCUACAGAAGAUAAAAACACUCAUAUCGAGCCUAAGUUAUUGGAUGUCUCUGCUCCAGCUCAACAGAACUUGCCUGUGUUCCAUGCCACAGCUACCGUUGGCUCGGGAACUUACAUUCGGAGUCUUAUUAGCGACUUGGGCCGUGCUGUUGCGUCUUCGGCAUUCAUGGUGGAGCUCAUUCGUGUCAAGCAAAGUGAUUGGGAGUUGGGUAAGAAUGUUUUCAAGAUGAGCGACUUUGAGCGCGAUGAGCGCAUCUGGGGGCCAGUCUUAAAGAGAGUCUUUGACGUUGGUUCCAGCAUUGAGUUGGAGAAAGAGUUUGAUUUGGUGACAGAGAAGAUAGGACCGUUGUUGGCCAUGGAGGAGAGUAAGAAAGAGCAGGAAAGGGAUGGAGAGGAAGAAAACAGUGAGAAAGUGAAGGAGACUGUAAAGGAGGAAACCAAUGAUAAAGUAAGUGAAAAAGAAAAUGAGGACAAAGAGAAAGAAAUGAGCGCUGAUGCUGAAAUUAGAGAAGAGGAUAUCAAGAGACGGAAGAUCUCAACGGAAAGUACAUAG